CUUGUCCACCUCGACCUCGACCUCGAGGACGCUGCCCUCAGCAACCACAGAGCCCGUCCAUCCGUCGACGAAUGCAGCGACAACAACGUCCGCGAUGUCCCGAACCAUUGAAGCGCAUGGAAGAUCCUCGUUCCACGUAAUCGAGCCUCGGAGGCUGACCGUAACCCGUCGUGUGCCCAUCCUGCAGCUGCAGUAGUACCCACCCUCUUCCUCUCAGACCGGCCUUCUUCCAACGGACUUCGACUGCGGUUCACUCAGCACUCGACCUUCUUUCCUUUCGUCCUUCGUCCUUAUUAUCCUGCUGCUAGUGCUUCCCUUCCCACUUUCCCUCCCACCCUCCAUACGUCAAUCGUUUGAGCGGUGAACCCACACGAACAUUGACACGCUGCGCAGGAUGCACUCCUCCUCCCUCGCACGAACGGUCGUCACUACCCUCGGAUGCACGGUCAGUGUGGCGAACGCAGCGGGCACGCUGAAAGCUUCGUUCUCUUCGCAUCUUGUUCCCCAUAGCGGGAAUGCACCGAGCACGAACACUUACGGCCUGUUCAGUGCGAACUCGACGGCGGAUGCACCGACGGACAAUGCGGUUUUGAAGGUCGUUACUACAGUUCAGGCAGGAAACAAUCAGACUUUCUCGCAGGUCUUGGUUGAUACGGGUAGUGCGAUUCUAUGGGUCGGCGGAGAGGAUCCGUAUGAAGUUGGGCCGAAUACUGUUUCGAUCAACAAAACCUUCAGCGUAGGCUACGGCGCCGGCGGCGUGAACGGCACAGCCUAUAACGACACAGUGACCAUCGGCGACGCCACAGUGACCUCGCAGAUCAUCGGCGCGGCGGGGUAUUUGACGGGGUUUACGCUCGUUAGUCCGAUUGAUGGGAUUCUCGGCCUCGGACCCCCCGGCUCCAACGCAGGCGAAGUCCUAGGGUUCAAUGGAUCCUCUACACCCACCUUCGUAGAGAACUUGCUCUCCCAGGGCGCGAUCGACGAGCCUGUUUUUGGGAUUUAUGUUAAUUCUUUGAAUACGAGCGAGGGGAGUGGGCCGAUUAAUGCGACAGAGGGCAGUGGGAGUGGGAGUGGGGCGCAGGAGAUGGGGAGGGGAGAGAUCGUGUUUGGGGGGUGGGAUGAGGGGAGGGUGGAUGGUCCGUUGACGUGGGUACCACAGAACGAACCUUAUAAUUUUCAUUGGGAGUUUAAUGUCUCGAGUUUCGACGUUGGGAAUACGACGCUCGUGAAUGAGACGACGCCCGCGCGGACGGAUACCGGGGUGUUGUCUAUCGGACUUCCGAUCGACGCGAUCCUAAGCAUCGUCUCCUCCACGAACGCGACCUACGUCUCCUCGAACCAAUCGACGACAUUCCUGGGUUAUCUCGCGUUUCCGCCUGCGCCUUCCAACAUCACGGACGAUAGCGACCUACCUUCAUUCACCUUCUACCUCGGGUCCUCAUCAUCAUCAUCCGCCUCGUCUUCUUCGUCCUCCUCGUCGUUAAACAGCGAUGUCGACAUCGACGUGUCAGUAGACGAGGGAGGGGACAGAGGCGAAGCGUUCAUCAUCCCCCCCUCGCAAUACCUCAUCCCGCCCUCCCUCUAUCCUUCCCUAAACCUAACCACAACAUCUGCAACUGGAGCACAAGAGGGAGGAGCAGGGAUAAGAUACAGCUGGGUGACAAGCGCGGGGUUCGGGGCGUUUAGUCUGGGGCAGAAAUGGUUGGAGGGGGUGUAUACGGUUUAUGAUAUGGGCGGGAGGAGGGUUGGGUUUGGGCAUUUGGUUUGAGGGGGGGUGGGGGAGGG